CUGGUAAAUGGGCAGAGAUUGUCAGUGCAGAUGUUGAGACAGAGGGUCCACUGUUUCUGGCCACUGCCUUUAGAAAUAUGUGGACCAUUUUAAAUGACAUGGACCAUAGAGCUGUUUGGUUCUAUGUAGAACCACCAAUAUUAAAGGUCCCAUGUUGUAAAGUGUAAAGUGAGAUCUCCCUUUUUUAAAAUUAUAAAGCAGGUCUAGAUGCUGUAUAAAUACUGUGAAAGUAUCAAAGCGCUUAAUCCACAGGGAAAUGCACAUAGCCCGUACUCAGAAAUGGUGCCUUUAAAAGUAAACUUGUGAUGUCACAACUAUACAUAUACUGUAUAGGUAGAACGCGCAGUUUCUGUGCCGUUACAGUCAUUCCCCGGCUUCCUGCAAUAGAGUGGUGCAGGGAUGACGUAUCUUUGUAACACAACCAGGAAGUUAGGACUCAUUCCUGCAUCACUCUCUGACGGUGCAGAGAUGCCGAGAGUGCGGAUGCAGAAGAACCGAAAACGGGCGCUAAAACAUAAUGUUUCAGACAAAGGGUGAAUACAGGUAUAUUCAGACGAACAGUAUGAGAAAAAUAAUGUGUUGUUUGAACAUUAAAGCAAAUAAACAUGUUCUACAAGCAGGAACCUGAAAAUGAGCAUCAUAUGACUCCUUUAACACAAAUGUAUUUUACAGACGCAAUCCUAUAAUCAUAAUAACAUCACAAGGUUGUUUGUACACAGAAUACCAGACUCUCUCAUCUCCAAGCAGCCAUGGUCUUCCUGCUCAUAUUCCUGACCCUGCUGCAUUUGGUGACCUUAGCCAUGCUAUUUAUCGCCACUCUGGAGAAGUCCUGGUGGAUAUGGGAUGAUUUAGAAAUCACAGACCUCUGGUAUAACUGCUUCCAUGAUAAUGCCACAAAGACCUGGUUGUGUGCUGCUACCAAUGAAAGCGACUGGCUGCAGUCUGUCCAGGCCCUCAUGGUCCUCUCUGUGGUCUUCUCCUCCAUCUCCUUCCUGAUUUUUCUCGGUCAGAUGUUCACCAUGUCCAAAGGAGGACUCUUCUACUUAACAGGCUUCUGUCAGGCUUUUGCAGGUUUCACAACCUUUGCUGCUUGCCUCAUCUUCACCUUCCACAGAAAGGAGAUCUUAAGUGAAUCCAGAGAUCUGAGCAAAGGGCGCUUUGGCUACUGUUUCAUCCUGGCGUGGCUGUGUGUCCCUCUCCUCAUGGUCAGUGGAGUGCUAUACACCCACCUGCGAAAAAAGGAUUGAGCCACAAACAGAAAAGAUGGAAAACCUCUUAAUUAGAGUGUAACAGAAAGCGCACAUGAAGAAAUAAGACAACUGAGAAGGAAAUACCUCUUUAAAUGAUUCUAUUCUUUUUUCUUUCUGACCCAAUAUCCACCCUACCGUGCUACAGGGUAUGCAGGGCACUGUGUCAUUGUGGUGGCUGUCUGUAAUGUGUUACAUGAGGGAUUCUGUCAUAUACAUAUUACUUGCUGUGCUUAAUGUAUGAUUGUGAUUAU